AUGGCUAGACCUAAGUUCUCGACAGUUGUGAUACAUAUUCUCCUCGAAGUGAACCGACAGGUGCUUCUCGAGGCACAGGAUAUAGUCUAUGCACCGGAAAAUGACCGCCGAUUUGCUGAUAAUAAGUCCAGAUUAGGCACAAAAGGAAUGGCACCUAAUAUUGAAUCGCCGGUUGAGCCGGAGAUGACUGACAUUAUCGAUGGCAUGAAAGCCCCCAAACGGGAGUACAAGUUGGAGAUCGUUUGGCGCAACGUUGCCAUUAUGUCUGGCCUCCAUUUGGCCGCUCUCUACGGACUCUACCUGUGCUUUGAGUCAGCCCACUGGCAGACUAUAGCUUUCGCCGUAUUCCUGUACGUAAUCUCCGGUCUGGGCAUUACUGCCGGUGCGCACCGGCUGUGGUCACACCGCGCAUACAAAGCCAAAUGGCCCCUAAGAGUCAUCCUCUGUAUCUUCAAUACAAUCGCAUUUCAAAACUCAAUCUACGAGUGGAGUCGCGACCAUCGCGUGCACCACAAGUACUCCGAGACGGACGCCGACCCCCACAACGCCAAAAGGGGUUUCUUUUUCGCGCACGUGGGUUGGCUACUGUGCCGCAAGCACCCGGAGGUACUCGAAAAGGGCCGAAACGUGAGCUGCGAAGACCUGCUUCAGGACUCAGUCGUGCGCUUCCAGAAGAAACACUAUCUGCCACUCGUUCUCCUCUUCUGCUUCGUGUUGCCCGCAAUCAUACCCUACGUCUUGUGGGGUGAGAGCUAUUGGAACGCCUACUUCAUCUGCGGUAUGUUGCGGUACUGUUGGACACUGAACAUGACGUGGCUGGUGAACAGCGCCGCCCACUUCUGGGGCCGCCGGCCCUACGACAAGCACAUCAACCCCUCGGAAAACAGCGUCACAAUCAUCGGUGCCAUCGGCGAAGGUUUCCACAACUAUCACCACACGUUUCCCUGGGAUUACGCGACGUCCGAGUUGGGCCGCCACUACAAUCUCACCACUUGUUUCAUAGACCUGUUCGGCGCCAUCGGGUGGGCCUACGAUCGCAAGACUGUCUCACCGAAUAUGAUUCGCCAGCGAAAGGAGCGCACCGGCGAUGUCAACGAGAAGGGGCCGUACGGGCCGUACAACUAAUGACACCGUUUUUCGUUCACUAAUUUAUCGACUCUUCCAUUAAUUUAUUAUUUUUGAUCUGAGAUUAUAUUAUAUAUAAUAUAAAUGUUCAAUAGUUAUAUAAA